AAAGAUGAUGACAUUGAAGAGGGAGAUCUUCCCGAACACAAGAGGCCUCCAGCACCAAUAGAUUUCUCAAAAAUUGAUCCAGGCAAGCCUGAAAGUAUUCUGAAGCUGACGAAAAAGGGGAAGACUUUGAUGAUGUUUGUCACGGUGUCGGGAAAUCCCACGGAAAAGGAGACGGAAGAAAUUACUAGCUUGUGGCAGGGCAGUCUCUUCAAUGCCAACUAUGAUGUGCAAAGGUUUAUUGUUGGCUCAAAUCGUGCCAUCUUUAUGCUACGUGAUGGUGGUUACGCCUGGGAGAUCAAAGACUUUCUGAUAAAUCAAGAAAGGUGUGCGGAUGUUACUCUGGAAGGUCAGGUUUAUCCUGGCAAAGGAGCAGAAGAAAGUGAGAAAGUGAAAAACAAAACAAAACCUGAAAAAGCAAGGAAGAAAAAAGACGCAGACAAGAAAUCUAAUAGCAUCAAAGAGGACAACCGAGCUACCAAACAGAGAGAGGAUCUAUGACGGACACGCUAACCAGACUGAAUGCUGCUCUACCCUUCUUUGAAGGGAAACUAAUUUUGCAUACAAUUCCUGGCUUUACUGAGAGGGAAGGAAGGAAGCAGAGAUUACUGAAGUUAAGACUUUUAUGUUGAAAACACCAGUUUACUUAUUAAUAUUGGCCAUUUGUUUAGUUACAG